CUGCUACCCUAGCCUACCUGCAGCCAUUCGGACCGUGCUUCCUGAAUGACCUGGCGCGAGGCCUGGAGACCCCCUCACAACCCGCGGAGUCUGCGCCACUGACUUCCGGGAACCGGGCUCUCCGUGACGUCAAACGCGGAGACUUCCGUUUCCGCUCGGGCGGUCUGGCUCAAUUGCUAGGUCCUCCAGUUCUCGCCGGAUUCCCACGGGUCCUCGCAGAGGACCAAGCAGGUGGCCGCUGCCGGCCUGGGGCCCGGGUGUGAAGGCCCGUGUUUGAGGACUUGGAGCUAGACCUUUUGUGCGCCCUCCUAUCCAACAAUAAUUUGUUGAACAUCUACUCUGCAAGAUGCUGUAACUAGCCUGGGAUGAGUUAAUGUGGUGUCUACUUUGAUUUGCUUUAGAAGACAGACUUGCAGAGAAGUAGGUACCCUACAGGGUAAGGUGUUGAGACGCACAGGGACAAUACUGGGGUGAAGUGAGUUGGGCACUGAAUGCACGAGGAAGCCCCAAAACUCUGUAAUCAAGGAUGAUGACUGUCUCAGCAGUAAAGUCUGCAGAAGUUCUGUACGUCGGUAGCCUCUAUCCCUGUCCAAAGAGCAGAUUCCACGAAACCAUUGAAUUUGUACCUUGUAACACUUGGGGAAAGCCAGGGAGAAUGAAAAAGAACUCAGCUAGGCGGUGUUGGCUCAGAAUCUAGGCAAUUCUUCAGACGAUCAUGGGUAUCCGAGGACUAAUGAGUUUUGUAGAAGAUCAUAGUAAUGAGUUCUUCACUGAUGUUAAGUUGCGAGACACAAAAAUUAUCAUUGACGGUUAUGCCCUCUUCCACCGGCUUUACUUCAAUUCAAACUUGGAGCUGCGGUAUGGAGGGGACUAUGAUUCUUUUACAGAUGUUGUACAAAAAUUCUUUGAAUCACUAUUUGCUUGUAAAAUCUGUCCAUAUGUUGUCUUAGAUGGAGGAUGUGACAUUUCAGAUAAGAAGCUUAACACUUUAAAGGAUCGAGCUAGGGAGAAGAUCCAGAUGGCCCAUUCCCUUUCUGUUGGCGGGGGUGGGUAUGUGUGCCCCUUACUCAUCCGAGAGGUGUUCAUACAGGUUCUGAUCAAGCUGCAGGUAUGUUUCGUCCAGUGCUUUUCGGAAGCAGAUCGGGACAUCAUGACCCUUGCUAAUCACUGGAAUUGCCCCGUGUUAUCGUCUGAUAGUGACUUUUGCAUUUUUGACCUGAAAAGUGGGUUUUGCCCAUUGAAUGGCUUUCAGUGGAGAAAUAUGAACACCAUCAAGGGCACACGAGACUGCUACAUCCCUGCCAAGUGCUUUUUCCUCGACGCGCUGUGCUGUCACUUUGGCAACAUGAACAAAACGCUGCUGCCUCUUUUCGCAGUCCUGUGUGGAAAUGACCACGUUAAUCUGCCUGUCAUGGAGACGUUCUUGAGUAAAGUACGACUCCCUCUUGGGGCUGCCAGUUCUAAGGGUAGGAGACAUCACCGGGUGCUGGGACUUCUAAAUUGGUUGUCUCGUUUUGCUGACCCUACCGAAGCGUUAGACAGCGUUCUGAACCAUCUCCCCAAAAAGAAACGAGGAACCGUGAAGGCACUUCUGUGCACCUCCAUGGAGGAGUACCUGCAGGCCCAGGGAAGGCUUCAGGACUUCUUCCAGCAUGGUGCUUACACCUGCCCAGACACCUGGAAUCCCGGUUUACCACCGUGGGUGCUUGCGGCCUUAGCCAGGGGCCAGCUGUCCCCUUUCAUCAGCGAUGCUCUGGUGCUGAGACGGACCAUUCUCCACACACAGGUGGAAAACAUGCAGCGACCAAACGCCCACAGAAUCUCUCUGCCCAUCCGGCAAGUCAUCUACGGGCUCCUCGUGAAUGCUCCUCCACAUGUGCGUAAUGUGGCCUGGGAUGCAGUGCCUCCUCAGCCUCCAACUUUCAGCGAACUGGAAAGAAUCAAUAAAAAUAUCAAAACAUCAAUUGUAAAUGCAGUAGAACUACCCAAGGAUCAUUCUGACCUAAGCAAAUUGACUGAGCUCUCCUUGGCUAGCCGGCAGAUGCUUCUGUUAGAAACGCUGAAGGUGAAACAGAGCCUCCUGGACCCAGUCCCUGCCGCGCUGAAGUUGCCUGUCGCUGUCAGCUGCUACUGGGUGCAGCACGCAGAGGCCACACUAAAGCUGCAUCACCUACAGGCCCUGCUGCUGGGGAUGCUGCUGGGGCCCUUGCGUGCCAUGGUCAGCAGCCCAGAGGAGAAAGCUGUGCGGGGCGGCGGUGCUGAGACGCUGUGUGAAGAGCUGCAGAGAGUGAAGGCAGCCCCAGGCACACGGCUGGACUUAGACACGGCCCACGUCUUCUGUCAGUGGCAGUGUUGCCUGCAGAUGGGGCUGUAUCUCAACCAGCUGCUAUCCAUGCCUCUCCCGGAGCCGGACCUGACUCGGAGGAAGCAGCUGACAAGAAGGAAGUCCAUCCAAGGGGUUGAGGAGGACAGGAGCCUUAGUGGAGACCCAGGAGUCACUGACAGCAAAUCUGGUAUCAGCUGCAUCCAUUUCAGACAGAAUACCUUGUUGAGACUGGAGCGUAGAGAAAAUCGAUGCCACCUCCUUUCUGGUCCACUGAACACACUGCAGAGGCCUUAUUCUGCUCUUUGUGAACAGCUACAUCCGAGGCAACCUUCUAUGAAAGACCAACAUGAAUGCAGUGGUGAACAAUAUGGAAGUAAAUGUGAGUACUUGUGUGCCAAUAAAAUUUGUGGGCCAUAGUCUCUCAUCCCCUACACUAAAUUAACAGCCCUAUGUGGGUGAGUUAGGAAGACAUUAAACAGUUUCUCUUAAUUUUUAACACCUCUAAUUCAUGGGCUAUCUAUCUAGACCUGUUCCAUGAAGAAAGAUGCUUAUAAAUUCCAAUGCAGUUAUAUUAUGCAACUGUAUGGAUGAAUAUGAUAAAGGACCAUGAAGACACACUCAUUUAUAACUCCCUAAAAUCCAUCUAGCAAUGCUUCAAUAUGAAAUCUGUCAUAUCUUUUUUAUCAAGCAUACACUUUUCUGCCAUUUGGUUGGGGCCUGCUAUGUAUUUCUCAAAGAUAAUAUUUUGUGAGACUCUCAUAACCAGUUGUUUCAUAUUGGCUUUUAAGGUGCAGACUUGAUGAAAAAGAGCACAUGGGCAAGGCAUUAUGGUAUUUUAUAACCACAGAUGACACCAAAUUGUCACUUCUAACUGUAUAACAGGGAAAGCCUCAAUAGAAAAGUACUUUAAUAUAGCUGAGUGAAUUGGUUUUUAAAAAAAAAAAAAAACCUUUAUCAAAGAGCAUUUUUUUUAAUUCAAAAGCUGAAAAUACUCAGAAAACAAAAAUAGAUCUUUAGGGUCAUGUAGAACAAAUUUCCCACACUGUGUGCUCUUAAUACUGUGAGAUAUGAUUUCUAUCCUUAUCUAAGUAGAAGAAUGCAGUUACUGCUGAAGAAAUAAUGGUGAUGGGGCAACUGGGGCUGAUGUAUGAAGGCAGCUCAGCCAGGCCAGUAGCCAUGGGGCCACCUAGACCUAUGGGCCUCUGCCAGGGUGUCUGCCAGUUUGGCUAGACUCACACACAAAGGGAUCAGAAUGGCAGAGCCGGGUGCGUCCUGUGAUCCCCACAGGACACACUGCCCGCCUGGAGCAGCGCAGACACGGCAGGCCCCACACGCUCAGGUCCGUGGGAGUGCCGGCAGGUCUGCAUCAGAGAGGGAUUUAUAAGGAUCCAAACUAAAGCCUCAAAAUGUUUUCCUACCCAAACUUCCAGCACCUAAACUUACUCUGAAUAAAAAGAGAAGAUUAUAGCAAAUUUCUAUCUGCAUUUAUCACUUAAGUGAUAAUCACUUAAGUGGCUUGGACUUAAAAAAUUUUAAUGCUUUCAAAAAAAUAAAAUCCCACAAUUGUAUACCCAAACUUAUGUCUGCAUUUAUUCUAACCGGUAUUUACCCCUCACACACACAUACAUACACAUUCCUUUAGAGCCAUCUGGAAAGGCCAUCCUGGUUGGCUCUUCAACUGGGCUUUGAAGAACAGGUAAAAUCUCUGAUUCUCAAAUUAAAACAGAGCAAAAAGGAUUUCAAGUUGAAGAACUACUGUCCAAAAAGACCAGUAAGUGGACUGUGUUGGAACAGUGUGUGUGAGAUAUGAGGUUAGAGAUCCAAAGAACUGUGAGUAAAAUGCAAACAAACAAAAUCAGCACUGUUUUCUACUCACUAACCAUAAUUCUUAAUAACUAAAGAAAUUACU